CUCAAUAUUGCAAUCACUCUAUCUUUAGAAGGCGACUCGUUGGUCCAGGCCGCGCAUGCGCUGAGCCUUCCUGUCGCUCUUCCCGCCUCCCCCCGCCCCUCUCUGUCUUCUCUGCACUGGGAGCAGCUCUCCUGCCACAGCCCCUCAUCCCCUGAAAAUGUACGCCUGUGCAAAGUUCGUCUCCACCCCCUUCUUGGUCAGGAGCACCUCUCAGCUGUUGAGCCGAUCACUGUCUGCCGUGGUGCUGAAACCACCGGAGACACUGACAGAUGAGAGCCUCAGCAGCUUGGCAGCCCCACGUCCCCUGACCUCACGUAUUCCUAGCCGCAGCUUCCAAACCAGCGCCAUUUCAAGGGACAUCGACACAGCAGCCAAAUUCAUUGGGGCUGGGGCUGCCACGGUAGGGGUGGCUGGCUCUGGGGCUGGAAUUGGGACUGUGUUUGGGAGCCUCAUCAUUGGUUAUGCCAGGAAUCCCUCUCUGAAGCAGCAGCUCUUCUCCUACGCCAUUUUGGGCUUUGCCCUCUCGGAGGCCAUGGGCCUCUUUUGCCUGAUGGUGGCCUUUCUCAUCCUCUUCGCCAUGUGAAGGAGCCGUCUCCACCUCCCAUAGGUCUUUCUCCCGUGUCUUGUCUGCCCUGGAUGUUCCUUUUCCUAUACCUCCCCAGGCAGCCUGGGGAAAGUGGUUGGCUCAGGGUUUGACAGAGGGAAGACAAAUAAAUACUGUAUUAUUAAGA